AUGAGGUUCGAAUCACCCCUCAUGAGCCCGGGUCCUCGUACUCCUGUCCCUGGUGCUAUCAAACACAUACGAACAAAGUCGUAUCCCAUGAAACACUCCACGAGAACGAAGCCUCGAAGGUGGCCACUGGUCCUACGAUUCAUCAAAGGCGCCGUUCAUGCCAUGAUCCUUAUCCCAGUACUCCUACAUGCAGCUUGGGCCGUUGGCGUCAUCUCUAUCCAUACCUAUACUCACAGAGACAUCUCGUUACCCUCUACAAUCAUCCCCUCGCUUUCCAUAGUUGUCGGUCUCAUGCUUGUGUUCCGCAAUCAAACCUCCUGGAAUCGCUUCUGGGAUGGCCGUAACAAUCUUACCACCAUAACAACCAGUGUACGCAAUCUGGCCCGCACCUUCCUUACUUGUUCCUACCUCAAAGACCAACACCUCGACUCCCUUGAACAAGCAGACAUUGAGCGCACUGUUCGUGUCUUGGUUGCCAUUCCUUUUGCCGUGAAAAACCACCUCCGUGGCGAGUGGGGUGCCGCGUUUGCCCCAAUGGCAAACAAAGAUAUCGAGCAGGGCGGAAACUACAACAUCACACCCCGGCUGAAUCCAGAGUAUGAGAACCUGUUACCUGCAGGACUCAAAGGCCAUGAGGACGAGGGCUUAGGUCUGCCUUUGCAGUUAACAUUCAUGAUCGAGGCCUUCAUCACACGUGGCGGCCACCGAGGCUGGUUCUCUCCACCACAGGCCUCGCUACUGACCACUCAGGUCAACUCGAUCGUAGCGGCUUAUGGCAACAUGGAAACCAUUCGCAUCACUCCUAUGCCAAUCGCCCAUCUGAUCCACCAGAAGCAGGUCCUGGCCCUGUUCUGCUGUGUCUUGCCAUUCGCCAUGGUGGAUGAGAUGGGAUGGUGGACCGUCUUGAUUGUGACUUUGGUGACAUUUACACUCUACGGCAUUGAAGGAAUUGGAUGUCAGCUCGAGGAUCCCUUCGGACACGACCGGAACGAUAUCAAGAUGGAUGCCAUCGUUACGGAUACUCGGGUUGAAGUCUUCACCCUGCUGGACGAAUGGAGGCAUACGGUGCGCAGGGGCGAGCAAAGUGGCGUCAAGGGCGAAAUGUUCUUCGAUGCGGUGAUGCCAACUCCCCAUGGAACAACUCCUAGGAAUUGA